AUGAAACACACUUCUCCCAUCGCGUCCCGUCCAGUCGUGCAGCAGCAGCAGCAGCACCAGCCGCGUCACCAAACGCUCUCGAGCACCGACAUGAACGGACCGCAGUACGCUUCGGCCAUCCCCUUCAUCCGCCGCAAACGGCCGCGCGCCAUCGAGACAAACGACCACCUGACCUGUGCUUUUCCUGCGCGCGCGUCAAUAGAAGAGGCGCCCCGUGCACGGGUCUUGCCCGGACUCGCCGAGCUCUUGGCAGCGCAGCAGUCGCCCCCGCUCCUGCAAUCGCAGUGGCGACCGACGCUGCCGAACGCGAUCGAGCACGAGGACAAGACGCCGUGGCCGUCAGCAGUAGAGUAUUACCGCAUCUUCUCGACGCCCGAGCCGGAGCGCAAGCUCCAAGUGUUUGACCUUGGCGUGGACCGUCGCGGCGUGCCUUUGCACCCCGAGUUCAUCUACAACGACCCCGUGUCGUGCAUGUACUUUCUAAAGUGUUCCAAGUUGAUAGGAAAAGGUUCGUUUGGUUUUCCACGGAAGAAGAAAGAGCUGCUGCGGCAACAGGUGGCGACGUUCGGCCACGCGAGAGCUGCGGUGAUUGGUUUUCCGGCUACGAGCCAAUCACAAAGCGCGAAGAAGCAGAAGAAGCUGCCCGACGCGAGCAAAGACUUUGAGUGGCGCAAAAUGAGUUUUGUCACGGGUUUGCCGAAAAAACAGCCGCUCGUGCGGUACGUGACCGCCACGUGUUAUAGUCGGGCGACCGAGCAGGCCGCGAAACAAAAGGUCUUUCGCAUGCACGCGGUCAUGCUCGCCGAUAAGGCAGGAACGGGCGAGUGUGGCGACUAUGUGCUGGUGCACAUUCGCGCAGGGGGCAGCAAACGCGUCGGUGUUCGAACGAGCGGUGCAGACACAGAGGUGCAGCAGACCCCGACGUCUCCUGGUGCCAUCUACGAAGACAUUGCACCUGCAAAGCAGGGCACCAACUCGCUGAGCGCCCAGAGUCCCGUGUCCCCUACUAGCGUCGCCGUGGCUUCCUGCGCGAGCGUCUUGACAUCCACUUCACCUUGCAACAAGCACUUGAUGCAUGCGGCGGUCUCUGCUGGCUCGAGCGAGAACUCGGGGGAUCGGACACAGUCGGUGGUGACAGCGUCGUUGUCGAAAAUGGAUUCGACAGCGCGCGUACCCCGUUGUUCGCCACUCUUCUCCGUCGCAGAGGAACCAGACGUUGGCGCGGGGCGAGUGGCGCUGCGCAAUAUGAUCCUGAAGGCGUGUACGUCACCAGAAGAGGUGACAAAGUACGUCAGGGGGCUCCAGGAAGAACUCGCAGCGUUGCAGAGCUCGAACCAGAGAGAAUGUGAGCGUUGCAGAGCUUGA